AUGGACAACUUGACUCCUGGUGAACAACGUACUUUCAUGCUGGGCCUCCUCUGUGCCACAGAUGGCCUGACCAAUAUCAAGGUCGACUAUGACAAGUUGGCGGAGAAGGCUGGCCUCAAGAAUGCUGCUAGCGCAUCCGUUCUUUUCAACAAGUCAAGACGUAAGAUCUUACUUGCCUUGACUGAAAAUGCUGGAGGUAUUGCUACGAGCGGCACUCCCAAGAAGGCUGCAACCGCGGACAAGGUCACCAAAACUCGUAAAUCUGCAAAGGGAAAAGGCGCUACCAAUGAAGCGCACAUCGAGGAGUUUAAUGACAAUGCCGAUGACGAUGUCAAUAUCAAUCCCGGGAAAACUACCAAGGCCAAACGUGGAAAAGGGAAAGCCGGGGUUAAAGUGAAAACUGACCCUAAUGGAAUGGUGCCUAUCAAACAAGAAGCAUUUAUCAAGCAGGAGCUGUUUAACGAUGAAUUUGCCAAAGGUAUUAUUGACGGAACAUCCUAUCCCUGCGCAGGUAUAACACUAAACAAUCUCUGGGCAGCAGGUGCUUUCUCCACCGGAAAUGGGACCACUGCAUCUGGAAGCCCUUUGGACCCUGAGCUCGAUAAUGAGAGCGUCUAG